GCGCGACAACAUCGAACGUAGUAAGACGUUUAUCGUCGCUCGUUUCGCACCCGAACUAGUGUGCUUUUCCGUCCGUUUUUUGGGGCCCCGAUUUGAGACCGUUCCUUCUGUUUAUACCCCACCAAAUGUUCACCCAACCCCCUGGUCGCUUCUGCGCUGGGAUCACCACCACUGGCGGAGACUGUUGUUAUCAGUGCACAGGAAGGAUUUUCUCGAGCAGGUUUUUAGUUUUGGGAAAGCUUUUGGCUUGAGCAGUGCGGUGUGUGCCCAAGUCCGAAGUGUGUGAUCGCCGCCAAUUGUGUGGUGCUUUACGUGUGUGAUUUUGUUUUUUUUUUUGGCUCCGCUCGCUAAGCCGGUUAAUUGUGCUAAUCCGCGGUGAGCCUUCCGGAAAGGGCAGCAACGAAUUUUAAAAAUUCCUCCAGAGACGAAAACCCGUUGCUAAUCCUUGGCAGGGUCAUAAAAAACGGUGAAACGUGUGCGCGCGAACCAGCGGCUUAAGUAAAGACGACAGUACCCGGUACUAUUCGUGUAUGUGCGACCGACGACGACGACCGGUCGGAGGCUCUACCCGGUAAACGAUUGACAAGAAAAACCCAACUCCCAACUCCUCACCGGAUCGAGCGGGGCCGUGUGUUGCCUUUGCUUGGGACAUAGGUUGGGUGCACACAUGUGUGCUACCUUGAGCCGCGAGCGCCAAACGAAAUACAGCUGGGACGGGAAGCGAAAGCGGGCGAAACAAAACAUGAUAAAUUUGUUUUUGUGUUAAUUUUUAAUCUGAUUAAAGAAGGGUUAAUUAAUGCAUUUGGCAUUAAUUCGCGAGCGCAGUGCAAGAACAAGCGACAACCUUCCGAAAAGGUUGCAAAGAUAUUUUGUUGUUUUAUUCUGAAGGUGGUACACACAGUGGUACAGACAGGGCCGAAGUUGUGCUCCCCCCUGCAGCAGUUAGGCGCGGUUAGGGUUUUCCGAGCGGGGAAAUGAAACGAGAAAGAUCCGUUAACCGUUCCGAUCGUGAGUGCUGCUGACCGGAGACCGGAGUGUCAGUGUCAGAUGAAGAAGCCGGCAGGCACCCGGAAGUUGGCCCCAAAGCAAAGAAGCCACAGCAACUUUUGAACGAAUCAAACGGAAACAAUAGGAGGAAAAUAGCCAACGAACCAGCUGGCAGGCGAACAAACAAACAAACAGUUGGUGCAAGAGUGUAUGUUUUUUGGCAUGGAUUUUCAGAGUGCAAUGGAAACUUUUGCCGAAGCGUGGGUUGCCGCGAGUGCCGGUGCACAGACUCAAGCCUUGGCUUUGACUCGUCCUAAAACGCCAAAAAAGGAAUCGUCCUUGCCCGUGUCUCCCUCGAAUGGCCGCGAGGUGGAACUGUCCAGCCCGAAGGUGCACCACAUGUCGUCGUCUUCGUCGAACAUCUCGGAUCAUCCCAGUGCCGAUAAUCUGAACAUUAGCUCCGCUUUGAGCAACACAAACGGAAGCAGCAUUCCCAUCGGCGCUGCCCAGCAUCCAGGUUUACCGUCAAUCAGCGUAUCACAAUCGUUGAUAGGUUCCACCAUGAAUCGCUCGCUCACUCCACGGAUCAGCGUAUCGUCGUCGCUUACCGAGAAUGGAUCCGGAGUGAGCAGCAGUGGCACCAACGCCAGUGCCAACAAUGUUCCCAGCAAUAGCAACAAUAAUAACAAUAAUAAUAGCAACAACAUUAGCAGCAGCAAUAGUGGCAAUAGUAGCGGUGUUAUCCCGGGCAUUAAUCCUCUGCAGCCACCAAAUGGAGCCAGCGAUCGGGGAGUUCCUCAAUCGCCGGUUGCUGCCGUUGCAGCCGCAGCCGCUGCCAUGCAGGAUCGGAAGGAUUUCGACUUCAGCAAAGUUAACGCUAAAUCUUUGCCCCUGCACUGCGUGGUUGAGUCCGUCAGCUCCCUGCAGGCGACGCUGAGCUUUGACGCCCGAAGCCCCUGGAAACGGCGGCCCAACAUCGAAACCGACAGUUACGUCAUCAUCCCGGCCGCGACGCCGUUCUGUGAUAUCGUUACGACCGCCCUGCAGCGACUCGGAUAUUCCUCGGAGAUUUCGAACGCAGCCAAAGGUUCAAUCUCCAUCAAGAACUGGAAGGCCCUCACGCUGGACGCCAUCUCCGACAAUCCGUUGGUCUCGGUAAACGACAUCCUCGGGGAGUUGACCUCGGUCGUUACACUGAAGAUCACCAUCCUGCGCAAUAAACCAUCCCAGCUGGCGGAGAUCAAGGAUAAGCUGCUCAAGCUGCUGAUACUGCAGUCACAUGCCGUGCUCCGGUCGACCGGCUGCCCACUGGAUGAGAUCACACUAUCGCAGAUAUGCCGCAGUCCGCUGCAGAACACAUUUCCCUUCACGCCGGAAAUCACCGACGAGGUGCGUCGAAAGUUUGACCAAUGGUGGAGCAAUCAGCUCGCCCCCCAACCGAACCCGAUAGCCCACAAGAUUUUGCCCUUCGCCAAUGCGCCUCCAAGCGAGCUGGAUUUCGCCAGCUUCAACAUGCACGACAGCCGGGAAACGCUGCUUGAAAAUCGCAACAAUCCGCACCACAAUCUUGUGGUGCAUCCGGCACUGCAAACUGUACACUCGCAAUAUCCGAACCAGAAAACGCGCAUGAGAACCAGCUUUGAUCCGGAAAUGGAACUACCCAAACUGCAGCGCUGGUUUCAGGAGAAUCCGCACCCCUCCCGGCAGCAGAUCCAAUCCUACGUCGUGCAGCUGAAUUCUCUAGAAUCGCGACGGGGCCGAAAACCACUGGACGUCAAUAACGUCGUCUAUUGGUUUAAAAACGCUCGAGCAGCCCAGAAGCGAGCGGAAAUGCGUCAGGGAUUAACCAAUGGCUAUGGAAAUCCCAACAUCAUGAUGUCCCAGCCGGAUUAUAUGAAAAGUUCUCCGAGUGCCCCCUCGGAGGACAUCGAUAAUCUGUCCCAGGAUGAAAUGGACGAUGAAUUGGACCGACCAAUGUCGCCACAGCUGCCGCUAUCGCUAACCAUCCACGAGCGCAAUCGUCCACUGAGUCCCAACGAAGAUACCCCGAUUAAGCAAGAAAAAAACAACUCUUCUGCUACUCCACCUCCUUCGCCAUCACCACAAAACAGUUUGCUCAACAUCAGCAACAAUAAUAACAACAAUAAUAAUAGCAACGCCAACGAAUCGGCCAACGAUUCCGCUAGCCAAAAUGAGGCUCCCAAGUCAAACUAUUCCAACGAGAGAUCCAGUUCACCGCAACGUUCCCGUUCGCCAGCCUCAGACGAUCUGGACAUGGACGAACCGGAGGGCAGCACCAUCGACGAUUACCGUUCGCCCUCGCCGGACUCCAAGCGCAAUCUACCGUUUCCGAUCAGCAAUCCGAUGUUUUCCCACUCGAUCAUGUACAUGAGCCACUACAUUCCGGCGAUGCAGGCCAAUGCCGCUGCCGGAAUGCACCUGAAGAACGAGCUGAGCCCCACCGGUCACGGAGCGCUGGGCCAGAGUGGACUAAAUCUGUCCUUCAACAGUGACGAACGGCGAAAGCGCAAUCGCACCUUCAUCGACCCGGUCACCGAGGUACCAAAGCUGGAGCAGUGGUUCUCGAUGAACACCCACCCGUCGCAUAAUCUGAUCCUGAAGUACACCGAGGACCUGAACCGGAUGCCGUAUCGACAAAAAUUCCCCCGCCUGGAGAGCAAAAACGUCCAGUUCUGGUUCAAGAACCGUCGGGCCAAAUGCAAACGGCUCAAAAUGUCCCUCUACGAUCCGGCCCAGCUGGCCAACCUGGGUGAGCAGGCUCACCUAGCAAACCUGCACGAAAGUUCCCAUCUGGCCCAGUUGCACGAAGCCUCGCAGCUGCACCAGUUUCACCACGGCGGCGAACGUGAUUGAACCGGGCCUGCCGCUGCCACCGUCGGCCCGCUUACCGGGCCCGGCGGCAGUCAGCAUUGUUUCCUUCCGCGGAUGUGAGAACCUGAGCUAGGCAGAAUCUUGUGAUAUGAGCAGCAGCGUGCAAGGCGAGGUGACAAGACAUUCGUAGUUUGUUCAGAGUCCAGUGUAGAGUAGUAACUUUUUUCGCUCAAUAUCUCUAAGUACUGUGAGGAAUUAUGCUGCAGAAUGCGCUAGGUAAAAAUGAAUACCAAAGACACAAGGAUUUCUCUUUAUUUGUCCCUGUAAAUAGUAGGAAAAUAACGUUGAUUACUGAACAAUUCCUCUAGAACGAUGAUGCAUCUCCACUUUGUUACAACAGCGUAACAGUUUAAAUAAGGCUUAGGGCUAGACAUAGAAAUAAAGGUUCAAUUACCGCCUACACAGCGCACUUGGUUUGUGAUGCGCAUUCGUAUAUUAAAUUAGUAAUUCUUAGAAAUGCAUCUUGAAUUGCACUUUACAACCCACAAACCCACUCAGAAUUUAGCCGGAAUUUACAGAAAUAAAAUAAUUUUUGUUCCCAAUGUGAACACACGUGGACACAUGAAACGAAAAAGUAAGAUUAAAAUACCGACCGACGAAAACAUAUCAAAAGAGCGUUUGACGGUUUUAGCGAAAAAUAAUCAGAUCCUCGACGCACCACCUUUCCUCCCAGCUUUACUAGCCCCAACAAUGUACAUAAAACCCAUAAAAGCUACAACAAAGAGCUCGCUUCUCACGCACUUACCCAAUUUCACAGCUCAAAUCGUUGAGCCGUUCAUUGGAACAUGAAAUUUAUGAUCAUUUAUUAAUUAAUAGCGGCAAAUAAACUGCAACCAAUUUGCAACGGCCGGCAGUCGUAAUGCACCGGCCAACCCUUCUCCAACAGUGCUCCGUAACCACUAAAUUCUACCAUCAACCGUCGAUGCUAUUAUUUAAUUAUUAAUUUAGUUGGCAAAAGUUAUUCCUCUCCACGUGCAACCCCACGCCUUACCACACCUCCAUCAUUCAACCCCACUCACAUUUUCACAAGCACAGCCCCAAACCGACACCGAACUGGCAGCGCAUUCAACAGUUGUCAAAAUCACAUUCCACUCACACUACCCGAUUGAAACAGGCCAUUUUACUCAUUACCAGGCGACUAGCGAUCAUUCCGGCAAAAUAAGCCUACCCCAUCACCACCAUCACCAGUGUCAGUCAGUGUGGUGUGCACAGUCGGUUUUAAAAGUUAUGGAAAUCGAAAAUGUUCACUCUAUUUUCCAAUUUCACACUUUUAUUUUUGCCAUAAUCUGGUUAAACCUGCCACCCCCACUCUCUCUCUCACACACACACACCUAAUAAUAAGCGGCUUUAUUGAUAAUAGGUUAUUAAACAUACUAUUUAUUAUUAUUAAUAUUUUUUUUUCUCGGCAUGACCAAUCUCCACAUUAUUCGUUUCAUUUAUUGUUUAUCGUUUUUGUGUUUUACUUCAUCCCAGUCAUGUCAGUUUAUUAGACUCUUUUGGUUGAAAAAAUAAAAAUUUAAACUCAUUGUUGGUAUCAAAUACCUUAGUUGAUCGUUAGUUAUUGUUUUAAAGUCUUUGUUCGCUGUUCGCCGAGCGUGUAACUCGUGUAAGAGCGAAACUAGCAAGAGAAAGCCUAUAUCCUGUAAGUGUACAUAGUGAGAGUACUUUUAUUCACGCAGCGAAACGUUUUCAAAACUAUAACCUAACAUUGAUAUCAAAAGUAGAUGUUAACGUAAAAUAAAUUAAUCCUUAGGUAAUAGCUACUGCACAGGCUAGCGAGGAAGAGUCACUAAGAUGAUAAUAUUGAAAAGAGGAAAAAAUAAAAAAAAAAAUACGCAAGGUAAUGCAUCAAAGUUUAGCAUGAACGAUUAGCAGGAUUGACGAUCGAAAUCUACGAAGCAAAAAUCUAAACAUAGUGUAUAAUUAUUAUUCAAAUUAAAAA